UUCGCCUCCGAAUAGUCUCCGCUCUUGGUCGCGCUCGCCCCUGCAGCCAUGUUGACCUGCAUGGGAAUACGCGCACGGUUUCGCGCCGCCUCCUGCUAGACCUGCACCAGCACGCGCCCGCGUGUCGCCACCUCCGCCAGCAUGCCCAAGUGCGACGUGAAGACGCGCUACAUCCCGGCGACGUUCGCGUGGAUCCUGCUGCUCGUCGCCACAUCGUCGUUCUUCUACUUCCCUGCCGAGUACUACAUCCACAACUACCCCUGGGUGCCAGCAUGUCAGGGCGUCAUCACAUUCUUUGUGCUCGCCAACUUCACACUCGCCACCUUCAUGGAUCCCGGCGUCAUCCCGAAGGCGCCACCUGAUGAAGAUCGCGAGGAUGACUUCAGGGCGCCGUUGUAUCGUAAUGUGGACAUCAAUGGUAUAACCGUGCGGAUGAAAUGGUGUGUUACUUGUAAAUUUUAUCGACCACCAAGAUGUUCACAUUGUAGUGUUUGCAAUCAUUGUAUUGAGACAUUUGAUCAUCACUGCCCGUGGGUAAACAAUUGCAUCGGGAGGAGAAACUAUCGCUUCUUUUUCUUCUUUUUGAUUUCGCUGAGUCUGCACAUGAUCAGCAUAUUCUCACUGAGUUUAAUCUUCGUCCUACAGAAGAAAGAUAGACUCACUGAUGUUGAACCAAUCGUCGCUAUGGUAUUGAUGGGGUUGGUAACACUGUUAGCCAUACCGAUAUUCGGUUUGACAGCAUUUCACAUGGUGUUGGUGUCCCGAGGGCGCACGACCAACGAGCAAGUGACGGGGAAAUUUAAGGGCGGAUUCAAUCCGUUCUCAAGGGGAUGCUGGAAUAACUGCUGUUACACGCAGUUCGGACCGCAGUUUCCCAGCUUGAUGCGGGCGAAAAAAUACGUCGUGAAGAAUCAUGCCCUCCAUGGCCCGAUUGCGACCAUCACAAAUGAUAGUCAGGUGAAGACUUAUAUGGAUAACAGUAAUGGCGUGCGGAGUCUCAAUUCAAAUGCGUAUAAUAAGUUGUCACCUGGAAGAGACGGAAUGGACUUGGAUUUGGAACCAUCCGCGUCGCAAUCGCAAGACUGUGAGCCCACCCCCCCUUUACAGAGACAUGGCUCUAAGAAUAAUUUCUUCCUACCACCCGUAGAUGGGGAGUCGCCGCGACACCCGCCACCGCCACAACAGCAGCGCAUGCAGUAUGCCCGUCACAGUCCACAUCCGCGACCGCGUGGAAUGGAUGCCAAUCGUAGUGGUACACCGGAUAGUCUUGGUCCACAACGUCCCUCGCCAACUAUGCAGCAGCGAAUCAAGAGUCUAGGCGUACCCACUCCGAUUGCCAUGUCCAGCCCUGUCAGAAGAUCUAAUCCCAGCACCCCCACGCAGCCACGUCGGCCCGACUUCAUAGGCGUGCCCUCCAACCACGCCUCUGGGAUGCCGGGCGGAAUGGGUGGCGGUAUGGGCGCGCCAUACUAUGACUUCCAGCCGGCGGCUACCUGCCAACGCCCACCACCUGCCCCCAUGGCUGUGUAUGGUGGCAGUCCACAACGACGUUUCAUGUCCGAAGGGGAACUCGCUCGACAGAUGGAUCUUGCCGCGCAUCAACAUCCGCGCACGAACAACACCGUGGAUAAUAUUCGUGAGUUGGCUAAUUCUCCGCAGCGUGGCGUUUAUAUGUGGAAGGAUACUUCGCCUGGAUAUCCGCCACCAACCGCACAGCAUCCGGACUUUUAUCGCUCUAAUCCUACUAGUCCUACACAGCAAGCAGGUGGUGGUGGCGGCGGUGGAGUUGGUUAUGGCGCACCACGAUCCUAUCAUCCGGCGUUACGCGGUGGUGUGUCGGUGUAUCCACAGCAACCGCCACCGCAAUCUCCACAGGUGCAUCGGCGCGCUGCGCAAAUGGCCGCCAGCACGCCCACGAUCGCAGCGGACGCACGACGACGGCCAAUGUCGUUCGUGCGCGCGCUUGAGAUGACCGAUACGGUGGAGUUGAGCGCAGCGGGCGCGGGCGUGACGAGCGGCGGAGGCGUGCAUCAGGGCCGGCCGUCCACGCCCGAUCGGAACAGUGUGUAUGACAUGAACUACGAGAUAUCCGUAUAGGGAAGGUGUUGGCACUCGCGCUACGCCGACUGAGUGCAAGUGAGCUUCGCGUGACUUAUAUCGAAGCGUACUUAUGACUGACGCAAGACGAUGGGCGGGAUGAUUUAAAAGUUUAGUGUGUGUACAACUCUAUAUGUUAUCUGUUGUUAUUCUCUACGAUAUUCAAAGAGGACCCUUUUCUAUUUUAACAUAAUCGGUGUGACGGGGGCGGCGUGAGUAGACUUGUUUUAUACUCAGGAGAGCGGGGCCGGGGCGUGGAACAUGUGGCGCUAUACACUAACAAACGUCCAAUGCCAGAAACACAAAAGAAAAUCGCUUAUUUUAACAUAGUUUUUAACUUUCGAUGAUUCUUGAUUUUAAUUAACGCUAGGAGUCCUCGAUUCUCUAGAUGAGUUUACUCUAGAGUGUCUAGAGCACUCGAUCUGCGAACGUGCAAUGUGCGUGUCAGCUUUAAUUAAGCAGUUAAUGUACUUGUAAUUGUAUGAUGAUUGUAAUGGAGAUGGGACGAGCUCAAGUCAAGUUGCACCCGAUUCGUACCCGAGUCGAACCUCCAGGCUUCCAGAUUUAAAAAAAAAAACGACCAAAGUAAAUUAUUUUGGGAUGAGAUUUCGUAGUCUUAGCGCGCACCUCCUCUGCUCGAUGGGCUGUAAAUUUUAACUUUAACUCUUUGUGCUUGUAAACUAUUUUUGGCGAUUUAACUAAAAAUGAAAAUGAUAGCGCCACAUGGCCAUAAGUGGAGUAAAUGCAAAUGCAGUAAGGUGACUUAUAUAAUUCAUAAAAUAUUGUUGAUUUUAAAUGUUUAUUAAUUAUGUGCAUAUAAUACGACGAUAUGUAUUGAUUUUUUAUUUAAUUUUAUUUUUUAACUCUG